AGCUGUUAUUUGCAAGAAGCUUUUGCAAAAGCCGCAUAUCGUUUGUUUUCUAUGUAGAGUUUGAAUAGUAACAAAAUAAAUAUGAAUAAUAAACAGCAACGUUACGAAAAGAUCGCUUUCCUUGGUGAAGGUCAAUUUGCUACGGUUUACAAAGCCCGUGAUGUACUCACCGAGCAAAUAGUAGCCGUUAAAAAAAUAAAAAUUGGCAGCCGCGAAGAGGCUCAAGAUGGCAUUAAUCGUACUGCUUUGCGAGAAAUCAAAUUGCUGCAUGAAUUGCAACAUGAAAAUGUUAUUGGUCUUGUGGAUGUAUUUGGUCAUAAAUCAAAUGUAUCGCUGGUAUUCGAUUUCAUGGACACUGAUUUGGAAAUUAUUAUAAAAGAUCCGAAAAUCAUUUUAACGCAAGCCGACAUAAAAGCCUACAUGAUAAUGACACUAAAAGGAUUAGAAUAUUUACACAUGAACUGGAUUUUACAUCGAGACUUAAAACCGAACAAUUUAUUAGUGAAUUCUGAUGGCAUUUUAAGAAUUGGUGAUUUCGGCUUGGCGAAAUUUUUCGGUUCACCCUCACGCAUUUACACUCAUCAAGUGGUAACGCGAUGGUAUCGGGCACCUGAACUAUUGUUUGGCGCCCGUCAAUAUGGAACUGGCAUAGACAUUUGGGCAGUGGGUUGUAUAUUAGCCGAACUUUUACUGCGAGUGCCCUUCUUACCUGGCGAAUCCGAUUUAGAUCAAUUGACGAAAAUAUUUCAAGCGCUGGGAACACCGACAGAAGAUAUAUGGCCAAAUUUUAGCAAAUUACCCGACUUUAUGCAAUUUAAACAAUUCCCCGGUGCACCAUUACAUCAAUAUUUUACAGCGGCGCCUGACGAUCUAUUGGCUCUAGGUGAAAGACUGUUAGCAUUAAAUCCAGCCCAACGGUGCUCCUGCACAGAAGCCUUAACAAUGAAAUAUUUCUCUAAUAAACCAGCUCCGUCGCUCGGUCAUAAGCUACCGAUGCCGAAUACCAAUAAACAAAAUGUAGAUGAAAAACCUGUUCUUAAACGGAAACUCUUAGAGGCUAUGGAAAGCGGAAAAAUGCCUAAAAAGUUGGUUUUUUAGCUAAUCGUUACCUUUCGUGAAUUUAAUAAA